AUGCCUCCGAGAAGACAAAAUCGGAAUCGAGUAGAAGAGGAGGAAGAACAGAGAGAUCCUACACCACCACCUCCACCUCCUCCACAGCAAGAGAGGAGAGUAGAAGAGCUCUUCCUCCGACAAAACCCACCUACUUUCAGCGGAGCCGGAGACCCCGCUGAAAUGGAAGAAUGGAUCAGAAGUAUGGAAAGGAUCUUUAGGUUCCUUAGAUGCAAUGAUGCUGAGCGCCUUAUGUGCAUGACUUACCAGCUGAAGGGGUCUGCAGAUUUUUGGUGGGAGGCCAAACAGAAGACUUUGACCCCAGAACAAAUAGAUGAACUUACGUGGGAGCAAUUCAAAUCAGCUCUCUGUGAGAAAUAUAUACCGCGUAGCUAUCGCAGAAAGAAAGAAAUGGAGUUCGCGAGUUUGAAACAAGGAAAUAAAACGGUAGCUGAAUAUGAUCGUUUGUUCUGUGACUUGGCUCGAUAUGCACCAUAUCGAGUAGAUACGGAUGGGAAGAUGUCAAAGUUGUUUUGUGCCGGAUUAAAGCAGGAAAUUCGAGUUGUCUUAGCAAGUCAGAGCGCACUUACGUAUGCCGAAGCACUGAACAGAGCACUAGACAUGGAGCUGGCAAUGCAGCCAGAGAAGACGAGUCAACCUUCUGUACCCCAAGUGAACCCGAAUGCUCAAUCGGGGAGUCAAUCCUUCUUUGGACAAGGACAGAGAGGUAAAAGGAAGUGGGACGAGAGAAACUAA